AUGGGGGGUGUUGGGGGAGGGGAUAUUUGGGGGGGGGGUGUGGUGGUGGGGGGUAGGUUGUUGGUUUGGGGGGGUUGGUGGGGGUAUGUGUUUGUUGGGGGUGUGUUUUUGGUUUUUGGUGUAUUAUUUGUGAUGGGUUAUUUGGGUGUGGGGGGGUUUGGGGGUGGAGUGUGUGGGGGGGGUGGGAUUGGGGGGGGGUGUUGUGGGUGGUGGGGGUAG